CAAACCGGCGAGCGAGUGCAUCAGACAGGGCUCUUGUCGGCGUGGUAUAAAACUCAAUGUUUGUAAGAAAUCACGUUUAAUAUCACCUUGAUCUUGAAUCGGUAUAGUUGCGGCUGCGAGACUCCUGAUGAAAUUGACCAGGAGAUAGUAACGGGUUCGCGAGAGCUACGCAACGUGUGCGCCUUGAGGUGAUAGUGGAUUAAUGAAGGCAGUAGUGUUCAAAGUGUGAAAUAAAAAACUACCGAUUAAUCACUAAUAAAACGAGCUAGCCCAACAAGCGGUUUAGUGGGUUGCAAAAAGUUGGAGUUGUAACUCCACGUUUUCCCCCAGCGGACCAGUGGACCAAGUGGCAGUGACUUGAGCGCAGAAGUGCGGAGUGAAAUUUUUGCUUUUCUGUGUUUUGGCGUUUCGUACGAUAAACACAAUGAUAAGAAAACGACCAGUGAUAUCGAUGAUACUAGUGGCGGCAUCCGUCUGCUGCAGCAGUUUGGCCCUCGGAGCCCAGCCCGAGAAAGCAGAAAAUCGAGUUUCAGUUGAUUCCUCUGCUAUCUUGGAGAGUAUGAUGUGCGUUGUGAGGACAAAUCCAUGGGGAUGCAUACGGCAACAGGCCGCUCGGAUGUUGGACAACUGGGACGAUAUUCUCAAUGCAAAGAAGCGUGAAAUUAUGGAGGAAGCAGAUAAAAAUAUGCCAGAACGGGCGCAAAAUCGGGGACUCGGGAACGACAACCAGAAAGUCAGGAUCACACCUUCCAACUUGAUGGCACAGAUUGAGGAUGGACUUGAAACAAUAUCCGAUUUUGUUUCCGAUGGUGUGGACAGCUAUGUGUCCGAAAGUAAAGCUGACAACGAAGAAAAAGGCAGCGGCAAGCCCAAAACACAUCUUCACCAUAUCUUGCACAAGCUAGGUAACGUCGGUAGCAACAGUACCCAAGAGAGUCUUGCACGUUCCGUGGCGGAGUUUGAAGAUGUGCCUGCCGUGGCGGAUGGUUUGGUGGAUUAUGGAUUUGGCGAUGGGCCGGAGAAAGCUAUUGGUAGAGGCAAGCGAGAGGGUGACCCGAGUCUAGGUUAUGGUGGUACUGCACAUAGUAGUCAAUCUGGAGGCAAGCGCAAGGGAAAGAAGAAGAAGGCCUUCAUGAAGCUGUUCAUCCUGGGUGCUGCCCUCAAGGGAAAGAUCGAGCUGCUGCUGAAGAUCCUGUCGUUCCAUCUGCAGCUGAAGUUCUUCGCCGUUGCCGUCAUCGGUUUGCUGAUUAACAUCGCACGUUUCUGGAUCGAUCUCAAGCGACAACCGCAGCCCCAAAAAGUAAUCUACUACGAGCACGCCCAGCAUCAGCACCACUACGACGACCAUGGCGAAGAAUACGGCGGAUACUGGAAGCGUUCGUUGCCCGGAGUCCAUGAUGACGAGAGUGGUUUCUACGCUCAGGAUCGAACCGAUAGCAUAGAGAGUGAAAACCCGCACUACCGGGCGGGACAGUACACCAAAGCGCCAAACACUCCCCUCCAUUAUCCCUACGAUCCACACAACUUGGCGUACCAGCAGCAACGACCAUAUGCCUAGAUCUAGGAUCUGAGAGAAUACCUGAAUGUUGCAACAGUGGCUCUUGCAACCUUGCCGAUGGUUUGGCAUCCCAACCGCAAAUUUCAUUUCAUCACAUCAUCAACUCAUUCAUCGUUCAGUAAUACAAUUGUACAAAUUCUCUCGAGCCGAACGCCAAAUGAACCGCGAGAGUUCCUGCGAAGCUGGCAAAAUCGAAUUCCAAAAAAAGCGGCAAACGAUAAAUGUGUAGUUUCGUCGUAACGAUCAGCUUUUUCAGACGUGUGUUCAAAAAAUAUUUGUUAGUGUUAUAAGAUAUUUAUUUAUUUAUUUAUUUAUCUAUUUAUAAUCUGAACCAAUUCUGUUUAAAAGUUAAUAAAUUCGUUGGACCGUUUUCGAUAAGUGUA